AUAUAUACAAUUGUUUCUAACCUUCUGCAAUUCUUUCUUUAAUCGCCGACAAUGGAAAACUCGACCUUGACCGGUUUGUUGAAGAAGGUGGCGUCGGAGUUCCCGAACCGCCGCGCUAUUUCCGUUUCCGGCAAAUUCGACUUGACCCACGCCCGAUUACAUGAGCUCGUGGAGUACGCUGCCUCACAAUUACUCGCCGCCGGCGUCGCCCCUCACGACAGCAUCGCUCUCACCUUCCCCAACUCCAUUGAGUAUGUGGUGAUGUUCUUGGCCGUGAUACGGUGCCGAGCCACCGCCGCGCCGCUGAACGCGGCGUACACGGCGGAGGAGUUCGAGUUUUAUCUCUCCGACUCCGAGUCGAAGCUUCUGAUUACUUCGGAGAAGCCGAUUCAGUCCGCUGUGAGCGCCGCUACCAAGCUGAGCAUACCUUACGUGACGGCGGCGUUGUCCGAGGGUGGCGGUAACGUUUGUCUGUCUUCCGCCACUGUGGGCGAGCCAAGUUGCGAUUCAAUUUCGAAAUUCGUUAACGACCCGUCCGACGUGGCGCUCUUCCUCCACACGUCCGGGACCACCAGCCGGCCGAAGGGAGUUCCUCUGACGCAGCUCAAUCUGGCCUCGUCGGUACGGAACAUCCGAUCAGUCUAUAGACUCACGGAGUCGGACUCGACGGUGAUCGUUCUGCCGUUGUUUCACGUGCACGGAUUAAUCGCGGGGUUGUUGAGUUCAUUUACCGCCGGCGCCGCCGUGACGCUGCCGGCGGCGGGAAGAUUCUCCGCCUCGACUUUCUGGGCCGACAUGCUCAAAUACAACGCCACGUGGUACACGGCGGUUCCCACCAUCCACCAGAUCAUUCUCGACCGUCACGCCAACAAACCCGAACCGGCCUACCCGAAGCUGCGGUUUAUCCGGAGCUGCAGCGCGUCGCUGGCACCAUCGAUUUUGGCGCGUCUGGAGGAGUCGUUCGGCGCGCCGGUUUUGGAGGCGUACGCGAUGACGGAGGCGACCCAUUUGAUGUGUUCGAACCCGUUACCCGAAGACGGCGCGCACAAACCCGGGUCCGUCGGGAAACCCGUGGGCCAGGAGCUGGCCAUUUUGAACGAAAACGGCGUCGUUCAGCCAAGUGACGUCAGUGGUGAGGUCUGCAUUAGAGGACCAAAUGUGACAAAAGGGUAUAAGAACAACCCGGAAGCUAACAAAGCUGCCUUCACAUUCGGGUGGUUCCACACCGGAGAUGUAGGGUUUUUGGACUCCGACGGGUACUUACACCUUGUCGGUCGGAUCAAGGAGCUCAUUAACCGUGGAGGAGAGAAGAUAUCACCUAUUGAAGUUGACGCAGUGCUAUUGUCACACCCCGAGAUCUGUCAGGCGGUUUGUUUCGGAGUGCCUGAUGAUAAAUAUGGUGAAGAGAUUAACUGUGCUAUAAUUCCAAGAGAAGGCUCGAGCAUAGACGAGGCGGAAGUGAUGCGCUUCUGCAAGAAGAACCUUGCAGCUUUCAAGGUGCCGAAGAAGGUGUUCAUCACUGACUCUGUUCCGAAAACUGCAACGGGGAAGAUCCAACGUCGCAUUGUGGCAGAGCAUUUCCUUGCUCAAAUCUCCACUGCCAAAGUUCCCAAGUUUGGCGCUUGAUUCCUAGUCGCAUAAUUUUGCUUCUAUAGUCAUAGACAUCUCUCUAAUGGUUUACAUUAGGUUUCGGAUUUCUUUUUUGGGUUGUAUAAAUUGUUGAUUACAAUUCAACACUUGGGAUGGUCACCGACAUCGCUACGAUAAUCCGAGGGGAUCUUUUGUGACCUCACUGGUUGCGUAUGCGAGUCUUAUUGUUCUUGUUGGACCAAAUUAUUGAAGUGACGAGGAAUAUUGACAGAGGUUUCUUGCUCAA